AUGUUGACUAGAACAGGAUUCCCGAGUAUCAGUGUCCUUAUUGGAGCUCCAAAAGCCAACACCAGUCAGCCGAACGUCACCGAGGGAGGAGCUGUGUACCAUUGUUCCUGGAGCCAGAACAACUGCAGCGUUAUCAACUUUGACCAGCAAGGUGACCGCCAUUUUUACAUAAAUGGUGUGAACACUCAAGUUGAAUUCAAGUCCCAUCAGUGGUUUGGCGCUAUUGUGCGUUCCCAUGGUAACAGCAUCUUGGCCUGUGCUCCCAGGUAUUACUGGAGGACAGAACACGACACGCCGUUCUCUGACAUCACAGGAACCUGCUACCCUUCUCUGUUGACGCUCUCAAAAUUUGUGGAGUUCGCCCCGUGCAGAACAGAAAGACACGGCCCUGCUGGACAGGGUUACUGUCAGGGAGGAUUCAGUGCUGACUUUACCAAGGAUGGAAGGGUUGUUCUUGGAGGGCCUGGCAGUUUUUACUGGCAAGGUCAGCUGAUUUCAGCCACUACAGAGGAGAUCGUUAAGGCCUACUACCACCCCUCCUACUUCCUGCUGUCGGUCGCUGGACAGAUUCAGACCCGGCAGGUCCGGAGCUACGACGACAGCUACCUGGGUUACUCUGUGACCAGCGGCGAGUUCAGUGGGGACGCUGAGGAAGAUUUCAUCGCAGGAGUUCCAAAAGGACUCAUGCUGUAUGGUUUAGUGUCCGUUUUAAGUGGGAAGGACCUGAAGUCUGUGCUGAACCUGACGGGUGAACAGAUGGGGUCUUACUUCGGCUACGCAGUGGCGGCUACUGACAUCAACAACGACGGAUUGGAUGAUCUGGUUGUUGGAGCGCCGACAUUCAUGCACCCGGGGUUCAACGGGCGUCUGGAGGAGCUGGGGAAAGUGUACGUUUACCUCCAGAGGGGCCCUGCUCUGGAGCCGGCUCAGACCCAUCUGCUGGGCUCACAGGUCUUCGGUCGGUUUGGCACCUCUCUGGCUCCUCUGGGUGACCUCAACCAGGAUGGCUUCAACGACUUGGCCGUCGGCUGUCCGUACGGCGGAGACCAGCAGCAGGGCGUGGUCUUCGUCCAUAACGGUCACGCUGGAGGACUGAAGGACACGCCCACUCAGGUUCUUUCUGGCCAAUGGGCUUCCAGCUCUUUCCCUGCCAGCUUCGGCUUUGCUCUGCGAGGCGACAUGGACAUCGAUCAGAACGGCUACCCAGAUCUGAUUGUUGGUGCUUUCGGCCUUGAUAAGGCCGUCCUGUACAGAGCGCGGCCGAUAGUGAGAGCCGGUGCUUCUCUCACCAUGCAGCCGGCCAUGUUCAGCCCGGAGGAGAAGACCUGUUCGCUCCACAGAGGAAACGUCUCCGUUUCCUGUGUGAGCACCAGGUUCUGUCUGGAGGCCUAUGGGAAGCACCUCCCCUCUCAUUUAGGCUUCCUGGUGGAAGUGCAGCUAGACAGAGCAAAGCAGAACCAGAAGGAGUCUGUGAGGAGGGCGCUGUUCCUGGAGAGCCAGCAGCCCACCCUGCUGAGGACCCUAAACCUCACAAAUGGUCAAGGGUUCUGCCAUGAAAUCAAAAUCUACCUGCGGGCCGAGGACGAGUUUCGGGAUAAACUCUCUCCCAUCGACAUCAGCCUGAACUUCAGUCUGGAUGGUCGGGUGGCGGCGGAUCAACACGGCCUCAGUCCCAUCCUCGACUACCAGACAGAGCAACGUGUAGAGCAGAAGUUCAGAGGAAUAAAACGCGUCCAAGUCUCUAAGCCUCCGUUUAGCGCUGGCGAAGUUGAAGCAGUCCAAUGAAACACGUUUAGAACCGGCUUCAUUUGGCCGUAACCACAUUCAUUCACCCUGUUUGUUUUCUGACUCUUGUUCAGGUAAAGAGAACCGAUUAGUGGAGCUGAACUCAGCUGACCGA